UGGGACUGGUUGAGCCCGGUGGACUCUACCACCUCUCUCUGAGGGAGGUUGUGCUGCUGCAUGUAGCUCUUCACCAUCUUCGCAACGUGCCAGGGAUCCCCCCUACCGGACAGAGACGUCACAUCUGUACCUGCCCGACUUACUGAUGGAGGUCUACGACUCUGUGAUCCUGAUCCUGAUCCUGGUUCUGAUUCUGGCUCUGAUUCCAUCUGGAUCUGAAUAAUCUGAAAAACCUACAAGAUCAGUUUCAUCUGGUCUGCAGCGGAAGCGGCGUGGUGGUCUGCCGCGCAUUGAUGUCUGUCUCUGUGGGAUGAGAGGAGGAGGAGGAGGAGGAGGAGGAGGAGGAGUCUCUCCCAGCCUUGCAUCUGGCCCGCUCCCCUCUCUGUCACCCCGGGCCAAACCCGCCCAGAUCCUCUCACUCACUCUGCGCCUGUUCUCCCGCACGGCACGGCACGGCUCGGCUCGGACGGUCACAGUCACUCACGCACACAGCGAGGACGCGGAAUGGAGACGGAAGGGAGCCAGAGCAGCCUGUCCGCCACGGACUCCCCGCACGACCCCUGCAAAAUGUUCAUAGGUGGACUCAGCUGGCAGACAACUCAAGAGGGUUUGAAGGAGUACUUCUGCAAGUACGGCGAGGUGAAGGAGUGUAUGGUGAUGCGAGAUCCGGUUACUAAGCGCUCGAGAGGGUUCGGAUUCGUCACCUUUGUUGAUCAGGCCGGCGUGGAUAAAGUUUUGGCCCAAACCAGACACGAGUUGGACUCCAAAACAAUCGAUCCGAAGGUCGCGUUCCCCCGCAGAGCUCAGCCCAAGUUAGUGACUCGAACCAAGAAGAUCUUCGUUGGAGGCCUGUCAGUGAACACGACCAUCGAGGACGUCAAACAGUACUUUGACCAGUUCGGGAAGGUCGACGACGCCAUGCUCAUGUUCGACAAGACCACCAACAGACACAGAGGGUUCGGCUUCGUGACGUUUGAGAACGAGGACGUGGUGGAGAAAGUGUGCGAGAUCCACUUCCACGAGAUCAACAACAAAAUGGUGGAGUGUAAGAAGGCUCAGCCCAAGGAGGUGAUGUCCCCCACGGGCUCAGCCAGGGGGCGCUCUCGUGUGAUGCCCUAUGGGAUGGACGCCUUCAUGCUGGGCAUUGGUAUGCUGGGUUAUCCGGGCUUCCAGACGGCCACGUACACCAGCCGGAGCUACGCUGGGAUCACUCCUGGAUACACCUACCAGUUCCCUGAGUUCCACUUAGAGAGGACUCCCCUUCUGACUUCACCCCACCCCCCUGAGCUCACAGCGAUUCCUCUCACGGCGUACGGACCAAUGGCGGCGGCGGCGGCGGCGGCAGCAGUAGUUAGAGGCUCCACCCCGUCUCGCUCAGCUGGAUUUUUAGGUACGAGCAGCCCGGGGCCGAUGGCGGACCUUUACGGGACGGCCAGUCAGGAGUCGGCGGUCAGCAGUUACCUCAGCGCUGCGAGCCCCGCCCCGAGCACCGGAUUCAGCCACAGUCUGGGGGCUUUACCCUUCCUCUCUCAGGGCCCUUUGAUCGCCACGGCCUUCACUAACGGCUACCACUGAGAGCUGCGGAGCUGCAGACUGAGAGCUGGAAGGAGUUGAAGCUGCUUUGGAGCUGAUCUGGCCUGCCUCUGUCCAGCCCACCUCUCCGGCCGGGGGCAGCUGAACCCUCAACCCCCUUCCUCCUCCUUCCUCCUCCUUACUCCUCCUCCUCCUCCUCCUCCUCCUCUUCCUCCACCCUGGUCCCGGAGUCAGCCUGCACCCAGCCGACCGAACCUACUGACGCCUCACUAAACUCCUCCUGAGAGAGAGAGACGAAGAAAGGAGCCGAAGUGUGUAUCACUACAUGUAAUCGCGACAUGCUGUAUUGUUAGUGUUUGUUUUGUUGUUUAUUUUGUGAUUUUCUUUAUGUGUUUGGUUUUUUUUGGGGGGGGGGUUGAUUUGACCUCUAAAACCUGAUCUCUCUGAGAUUAAAACCUCCAGCUGAAGCUUGUUUGAAGGUCAGGAGCUGUAAUUUGUACUGGAAUGUAUAUUUGUCACUAGUUCACACUGAAUUUUAACACAAACAUUUUGUGAUUAAUCUCGUUUCCUGUCACAAACUUUAUAUCUCGGUAGGUUUUUAACACUAAUAACUCGCAGACGACGAAGGUCAUUAGUCACAGUUACACACAUGAGCUGUACAAUUCUUGUAAAAUAUUGUAAAUAUGAGUUUUUUUCCGGGGAGGGGCUCCGCUCAUGUUUGUGUCGGGGGAGGUUACAGUUUCACGCGGAGGUCGAGCACAUUGGAGCGGCGCCGGUUACUGCGCUCCUCUCCGGGCGUUUCACUGAACGAGAGGCUGGAACAACACUUUACUUUUUUGGGUCGGGGAGGGGAGGGGGGGGAUGUUUGGGUGUGAACUCGCUCCUCUGUCGGGGGGGCAGAACGCUGUUUUCUUACGUUGUCAUAUUGUUGUUUGAACUUUUGUGUUUGUGAAGGAAAAUGAAGGAGCACAGUGGAUGUUUGUCACAUGGUUUCAUACACACUGGGGGGGGAGGGAGUCGGGGGGGGUACCUCAGUUGCAAAUGUGAAAUUUUAAUCUGAUUUUUUGUUGUUGUUGUUGUUGCAUUAACAUCACGUGUGGAUGGUUGAACCUUUUAGAAAGGUGGCUUCUCCAACCGGAUGGGGACGGUCUCCUGCCCCGAACCCUCACUGCGUAUCCACUGGAGGUCUCAGACUGUAGCAGCUACUUUUAGACCAAAAUGUUCAGAGCUACUAGGAUGUUGCACGAUAAAUGUUAGCUUGAGAACAAAAAGCACUCUGGAUCCACCAGGUUUUACAUUUUGAUACUCGCUCACACUGCUGCGGGCCGCCGACGGUGGCUCCGACCCUGAUGCUGUUUUCACUGAAGAAUAACAAUCUUUGUCGACACUGUAACAUUUUUCUGAUUUUCUUUUUCCUGUCAUGUUUUAUUCCUUUGAAGAAAAAAAAAAAAAACUUUUUAAAAUUCCUAAUAAAUUAUUUUAAAACAUUCCA